AUGGGCUCACAAGCUCAAUUUUCGCAGACCCAUUUUGAAGAAUCAUCACUCACGACACCUAACAAAACGAAUCACGUAAUCAUCCUAAUGCAUUUAUUACUAAUUUCAUCAAUUUCAGGUUAUUCAAUAUUGUCAAACUGUUUGCUCACCCGAUUUCGGAUACGUAUCAGAAGAAUCUCACGAAUGCAUGAUACAUAGUAUUUCAUGUUCGCGUAGGUUUAAAGGAAAAUCGAGGUUUCAGACAACAUGAAUGAUUCUUUUUCCAAGCCGGUUAGAAUUAGGAGGAAAAAACGAAAUGAAAUCAAGCCGGUAUGAGAAUAAUUUUAAAAAAAAAUCGAAAUUUACUAUUUGUAGAGAAAAUUUCGCGAUCAUUUCGAUACUCCCCACUCAUCUUUGGUUUUGAGUCGGCCAGCUCACUUUACUGAAGGUUUUGAAGAGAUUUAGACAAAAUUCUCACAGAGGUUUUUAAGAGAACAAAGGCAAAUUUUAUAGUGAUAUCAAGGUAAAGACCCAUGUUGUGUCUUUACCGAGAUGUCUGCGCUUUAAAAACCCGCUAAAAAGGAUUUUUGAAAAAAAGUUGCUUUAAUUUAUUUAUUGCAGAUCAUCAACUCUAUUUCUUGAUAAAAACUCUUCGAAAAAUAAAGUCCCGCCCACAUUUUCUGAAGUAUUUUACUGGAAAACUGAACUUGAUGGACCUUCAAGAAAUUUUAGAGGUUUCAUUUUUCAAACGUAAGAUCUCCAUUAAUGAUGGCUUCAGUACAUGUUGAAGCCCUAUCCAUGCGAAAUCCACAACAAUUAUUUUUUUACUGCAUUCAAUCUCGUCAGACAUUUCUGUCGGUGUACGAUUGUUAUAUGUAAUUUUGAAAGUUUUCGUAUAUAUUUUUAUUUAAAUUUCAGGUUCUUGCAACAUUAUUUUGGCGAUGACUACAGGGUCGGACAUGGCUCCAUUUUUGCCGUUCAGCACGUCAAAAAACGGGUAGAGUUUGUGUAAAAUUAGCUUACUCAAUGUUAAAAAAGAUAAUGAGAAGAACUUGAAUCCGUUUUUCGUGGUAUCUAUAUAAUUUGACGCCCUGAAAAAAUAGUUCAAAUCGAAAAAUGCUUCAUUUGCAGGAACUCAGAAGGUUCCGAGGCAAGCGGUUCUUCAUGUUCUUGGAAAAGGAGUAUUUAUUGAAAAGAAAAGUUUCCUACCUCGUGCGAUUCUCCCUGACUCCAAAAAUCAAGAGCAACAUCAAAGUUUUCGUGCAAGUUUUCAACAACAGAAGUCCGAGGAGCAAGCCUGGAUUGGUAUAUUCCAUAGAAAAUAUCGAGUUGUUAGGAAUUUUAGGUUGUUCGAUUCGAGCAAUUUAUACAGGGAAGUGAAAGCAAAUGUCGUAUUUUGCGGCCUUUGAUAAUUCACGAAAUUUCGGCAGACGAGGUUACUUUUGGUAGUCAUAACUUUUCCCAAAGCGCUUGAGAAAGUAAAUUCAUUUUUUUUUUCUUGUCACUUAUUUGAAACCCCUUCAAAAAUUUUCUAGAGUACAUACUUUUAUUGUAAAAAAGGGAGGAGACUUCUCUAAGCAAAAAGCGAGAGAGUAGCGGCAGCACGAAGAGACGCCAGAGAUUAAAGAUCCUCUCUUUCUCUGGCCUCUCCUCAAAACGCUGUUGCUCUGUCACAACACUUUUUAUGUUUAAUAGAGUUUUCUCUUUUAUUUUAAAGGUAAAACUCAAUCCAUAACUGAGAACGAAGAGUGAAUAUCAUGGGAAAAGUGAUAGAAAUAUCAAUUUUCAAGAUUUUCUAACUGAAAGGAAUUUCAUAAAUUUUAAAACCUUUUUUUAAAGACCAAAAAAAGCCUUAUCAAAAAUUUCUGUUGAAUCUUUCAGCUUUUUCGAGCCAAAUUUAUGUGAAGCUCAAUAAUAUUUUCCAGACCGACUCGGAACUGGAAAAAGUGAGGCCAAACUACUAUGGACUAGAUGAGAUCCUUGAAUUGAGCGAAAUUCCUGUGAAAAGUUACCCUGACGAAGUGGAUUGCGAGAUCAAAACCAUGUAA